CAAAGUAUAUGGCUAGCUAGCUUAGCAAAGUAACGUGUUCUUUUAGUUAUUACUUUCUAUUUUAAGUUUAGGACUGUGGUGCUGUAUAUAGGAACGCUUCAUCCCUUUUAAGGUGAUCUUUGCCUUCGCGCCAUGAGUGUGUCUGAGGAAGCCUUGCAGGUCCAGGUGAAGGCACUAGAGUUGGAGGUAGAGCAACUGAAAGCCCAGCUGAGGGACAGGAGCAGUUGUGUAAAGGAAGAGGACAGGAUGAUGGCACCGCCCUGCCUUACCCCGUUUGAGAGCCAGGUGGACAGAGGGGGUAGAAAGAAAGGGAGGAGGGCAGAGGUGGGGCGAGUUUUUGACUUCUCGGCACACCCACGACGUCAUGUGGCCCUACGACUGGCGUACCUGGGCUGGCAGUACCAGGGCUUUGCCGUGCAGGAAAACACGGACAAUACCGUGGAGGCCCGGCUGUUUGAAGCACUCCUCAAGACCAGACUCAUCCAGGACCGACAGAGCUCCAACUACCACCGCUGUGGCCGCACAGACAAAGGUGUCAGUGCCUUCUCCCAGGUUAUAUCCAUUGACCUGCGGUCCUCUCAGUUCAGUGGCUUGGGGGUGACCAUUCCUGCUGGUGUUGAGGGUAAACCUGAAACCCCCAUGACUGAGUUACCCUACGUAAAAAUACUAAACAGAGUCCUUCCUCCAGAUGUCCGCGUACUUUGCUGGGCACCAGUGCACACCAGCUUUAGUGCACGAUUCGACUGCCAGUACCGAACCUACCGGUACUACUUUCCUCACGGAGACCUGGAUGUGGAGCUCAUGGCUGCAGCUGCCAGGCGGUAUGAGGGAACCUAUGACUUCAGGAACUUUUGUAAGAUGGACGUGGGCAAUGGGGUGCUGCAGUUCCAGAGGACUAUCCUGUCUGCCAGCGUGCACCCGGCCUCGACCAGCCACCCUUCUGUUGACCCCCACCACCUCUACUUUUUCCAGGUCAAAGGUCUAGCCUUCCUCUACCACCAGGUACGCUGCAUGAUGGCUGUGCUGCUUCUGAUUGGCCAGAAGCUAGAAGCACCCGAGGUCAUUGACCAGCUGUUAGAUGUUGAGAACAAUCCAAGGAAACCUCAGUACAGUAUGGCAGUGGACUACCCGCUGGUGUUGUACGAGUGCCAUUUCGAGGGCCUGUGUUGGAAAAGUGAGCCUGAGGAGGAGAGUCAGGUGCUCUGCUGCCUGCAUCAGCACUGGACCCAAGCUGCUGUCAAGGCUCAGGUCCUACAUAGCAUGAUCCAGGGCAUGCACAUCACAUUAGCAGAUAAGGCAUCCUCCUCUAUACAGUGCUGGCUGUUGGAGGGUUCCAGACAGCGGAACUACUGCCCCCUGCUGGAGCGUCCUCGCUGUGAGAGUCUAGAGUCACGUAUCCAGCACUUCGUGAAAAGAGGGAGACUUGAGAGAGAGGAGGGAGAGAGUGGAGAGGAGACUGUGGCCUUUAAGGGCAAGAGGUCAAGACACUCUCAACAAGUGACCUCAGACCAACAGCAAGAGUGUGCUCAAAGAAAUAUGGAUGUCCCAUGCAACCUACAUUGUAAACCUUGACCUUUGAUAGAAACGUGCUUCAAUAUAAUGCAAAUCUAGUGGCAUACACGAGUAUCUAAAAUGCUGAGGUGCCAAAUUUGGGACAUUUAGCUAUUUUUUUUCAAAUGGUUCUUUUUUUCCCUUUUGAUUACUGCAUUUAGCAAUAACUAUGGGCAAAAUCAUAUUUGAUAGAGCAAGAAAAUAAAUAUUGAUUUUUGGCUUGCUGAGGGUAUGCAGAGACAUUUUAAGCAGGAAAAACAGUUCUUGAACUUGUUAACUAUUAGGCACAGUAUUAGAAAGUUGAAAAACUAAAGUUUUUUUUUUUUACAUUUUUUUAUCAUAAAUACAUCAUUCCUCACUGUAACCUUUCAGUUUUAUUAAAAAGUUAUAGUAUAAAAAACUGCACACCAAGGUUCACUGUGGCAUUUGCUUUUUUCCUUAUUUCUUAACACCAUAAAUGCCUCAUUCUUGACUGUUCCUUUGUUUCAUUAAAAGGUGUGCAGUGUGCUCUGUGUAUACCAAGGUUCACUUGAGGUUUAGUUUAUUUAUAUUUUGAACAUUUUUAUCUUAUUCAAUCCUAAAUCAGGAAAAAUAUGAUUGUAUGUUGAUUACCAUGGGUAACUCCUAAUUUAGCUACUUUUGAGUAGCAGGCAGGAGAAAAAUUAAUGUCUGAGUGCUUAAAGAAUUUGAAAUCAAUUAAAAUAAAUUCAGUUUGAUCCAAUUCCAAAUUCAUAUAGAAUAAAUUGAAAUACAUGAAAAUUCAUGGAAUUAAAAUUCUAAUUGUGGUGGCAAAAUUAUUAUUGCAUAUAAUCCAUUGUAUUAAAUUUUGUGUGUAGACAGUAAAGACAAUUUGUGAACCUAACUAACACAGACAUUUUUACAUAUUUUGGACAAAGUUCAAAAUAUAAAUAUUUAUAAAAUAUAAAUAACUUUAUAAACAAAUUAUAACAAUUGUUUAUCUCAAGGUGUCUUAUUGUGGGUUUAUUAGGCCCUACAUUCAAGCCCAAAAAUAAAUAAAAAUUAGUCUGAGAGUACAGGAAUAUGGUCUAUCUCCAGACCCACAGUGCUGCAUGGUCAGCUCCUGACAAGUAUGCCUAUGGAUACUCCAUCUUAUUUUAGUGUGGCAUUUUGGUUUACAGUAUGCAAUAAAGUGUAUACAGUAUGUAAUAAA